AUGGCGCUCUUCGACGAAGAAGAUAUGGAUCUCAAAACACUGAGGGUACGUGGGUUAGCUUUCACAGACGAGAAGGUUGUAAUUGCAGAGUCAAUCGCAAAGUUGCAAAGAAUGUUGAUCAAAAUGCAUAAUUGUCAUAUGCGUUGGUUUAUUUUCGGCUGUAUCCUGAUGGCGAAGAUGGUCCUUUCGUGCCGACAAAGCGAAUUUCAAUGUGGAAAUGGUGUAUGUGUCACUCUAAACAAAGUCUGCAACUUAAUCGAUGAUUGUGGCGACGGAACAGACGAGCCACGACAAUGCUCUCCUUGCAACAAAACAUACUAUGGAGAGGUGGGGAAAACUUACGACCUGGAACUCCAUCGGCCAAAGGAAGACAAGGUGCCUUACUUCUGCAAAAUCAUGUUUAAUGCAACUGGCGGUGACUUCGGUGACAUCGUUCAGUUGACGUUUGACAGUUUUACUCUUGGUAAAUUUGUAUCCUUUACUGCUGAAGGCUGUCCAGACGGAUCUUUACAGAUUUCCGAAGCAAAGCGUCCCGACGCCGGUGGCCUGUGGUGUGGAACAUCCUGGGGUCCUGCCAUAUACUAUAGCGAGACGCCAAGCGUAUCUAUAACACUUAGACUUCUAAGGCUCAGCAAGGAUCAGACAGGAUUCAAUUUUGACUUUAGAAUGGCGUAUAAGAUGAUACGACGGUCAGACGCCGUGGUUCGUUACGGGAAUCCUUUCGUAGGGAUGGUACAAAUUUCAACCGUAUCCAUAACAAUGGAACCAUCCUCUACAGAAUAUUCCAACACUUCCAUGGCGAUACCGGUACAACUGGGCGAACACGAGGAACCAACGAAAUCGACCGCGCCCGAGCAAUUUCUGGGGGAGCUCAUUGAGGGUACCUACUGCUCUCGAAUAUUUACCGACUGCCAUCGAAAAAAGUGUAGACUGCAAUCGCCGAAUUUUCCCGGUUUAUAUCCGCGAAAUCUCACCUGCUACUAUGCGGUCCGACAGACCGAAGUACCACGAGGAAAGCAUGCUUUAAUUUCAGUAAGACAACCAAGAGGUCAAUUGGUUGCUGUAAGAGCACGACCAGCAACUCAAGCAGAACCACCACCUCGUGAGCUAAGGCUGUGGCAAGAUUGCGAUAUCGUUCAGGAUUACGUGACCAUUUAUGAUGGUUAUACCACUCGAGAUCCAGUUAUUUUAAAAUUUUGUGGUGGUGGCGAACCAGUUCCUGAGGCAACCAGCAGCGGGCCGGAACUGCUGGUUGAAUUCACCACGUCUCCUUUUGGCACUUUUCCUCGUCCUACGCCGCCACAUUCGCUUCACGGAUUUCAGCUGGAGGUUCAGGUCAAAUUUGUUGAUGCUGAGUCACCAACAUAUACAAAAGGAAAGCGUUGUGAAUUUUGGUUGAGAGGAAAUGGAGGUGGUGUUCUUACCUCUCCUCGACACUCGCUUCCACGCAACAGCACUUGCCUCUAUCAUCUUCGAGGAGCUGGUCCAGCUUCUCCAACUCAAACUCCACCUCGACCAUUGCCGAAAUUUCCGGAACAACGACCUGGAACUGUCUGGAGAAGACCACCCCCACCUCGAAUGGCUCAACCGCAGUUUCGUGUCUGGUUAUCGAUACUAAAGUUUCAUGUUGACAUGAACCCAACAGCAACAGAUGAUGAUUGCUCGACUUCCUUAAAAGUGUGGGAUGGAGAGAUGAUGCCCUUGACGGAGUGCAACGAUAUAUCCUGCGAGAGGGAACGGCAGCGGUAUAUUGGGAGAGCUGGGGACCCAAUGCAGCCGGUCUCAGCCCGACCGGCAAACAAUGCAACCUUGUUGGGCAGAUAUUGCAAGGACAAGGUGCCACGGACCUGCGAUCAUGCUAUUCUCCAGAAUACGAGUCGCCCUUGUUCUCUAGGCGAAAGCUUCGUUUCCUCUGGUAGCAGUCUCACCAUCGAAAUGCGCAUGAUCGAGUCAACAGCCCUCAGGCCUGUUAACUUUCGAGCCCUUUACGAAUUCGUAGACCUUGUUCAAGAUGGGGAUCCUUACGGAAGUGCACCCUGUUCACGUGUUUUUUACAGUCGAAACCGCGAUCGUUAUCCAGAUCAAAGGUUUCAAAGUCCACGUAAUAUUUUUCUUUAUGGUCGUGGUGGAUCAAAAAAUCUGAGCUGUAUAUACCGAUUUGAGGGAGAAUCAGGUGAAGUGGUCAAGCUGCGAUUCAACAAACUUUUCAAUGGGAAUCGUUCCUGCCGUAGCGUGGCCAGUCCGGAUUACGAUCGUCUCCUUUGCAUGGGAUCGAACCAUUUCUCCUUAAAGUUUAUGGAGGUGCCUUUUGUAAACGCACCACCGGUCCAAAGAGACUGCUUCUGUUCGAAUCGAUCACUUCCAAUGAACAUUAAAUCCACUUCAAGCGUAGUCGAAGUUCAUUUCACUGUCCUUUCCAUGGAUGCACUUGACGACUACAAUAAUCUUCACUUUGAAGGCAUCUGGGACUUCGAGAAAAGCGCACAAUGCCAGCAGAAACGUAGAGUAAAAGGUCCCUCCGGAGAAAUCAAGUACCAAACGCCAAUUGACGAAGAUGAGAAAAACUGUGAAAAUCAUCCAUGGAUGAUCGAGCCAAGGCCCGGACAAUACUUGUAUGUGACAAUUCGUGGAAUAAUCAUGACAAAUUCUACAAAGUGCGCUACAACUAACCGUAUUGUGCUGCACACUGGUGGUCAUCUACACGUAUCGGUUUGUCCGAAAGGAUUACCAUAUUCAAGACAUGACGUAGUUGAAGUAUUCAGCGACGGCUGGGCCGUUAGUAGUAACGCAGUGGUCUUGGCUCCUGGUAAGGAUCCAAUUAAACACAUCGCCGUGGAAUUUGUUAUUAAAGAGUCAGACAGCACAUAUACAGUUACCUGGCUCGAACUCACUAGAAGACCUUCAAUGUCUUCAGCAGCUGCAGGAAUGCAGUUUCGACGCGACUGCGAACAUCGUUGUCCAGAACUGGAUGCAUGCAUCAAUGCCUCCUUAUGGUGUGAUGGAAUAUCCCACUGCCCUUCGGGCUAUGAUGAAGCUCUCACACGCUGUUCGAUUAUUUUUCGACUUCCACCCCUUCACCUUGGACUGGGUGCUCUUGCCGUGGUAUCAAUCAUAGGUGUCUUAUGUUUCGUAAUUUGGCGAAUCUGCAGACAGCAAACAAGUCGCUCUAUCUCUCAACAUCGACUCAAAAGCAUUUCUUCAGAAACAGCGAUUAUCGACGGCAAAGAAGUAAUUUGCUGA